AUGUCCGCUCUCUGGGAAUAUUCUAUAAAGAAGGAAAAAGAUAGAAGAAUAGAUUCUACUAUCUUUUUCCUUCUCUAUAUUCUUUUCUAUUUUACUUCUCUCUUUUUCUCCUUUUUUCUUUUCUCGUCUUUCUUUUUUCUUCUCUCUUUUUUCUUCUCUAUUAUUCUUUUCUCUUUUUUCUCCUCUCUUUUUUCUUCUCUAUAUUCUUCUCCCUUUUUACUUCUCUCAUUUUUCUCCUUUUUUCUUCUCUCAUCUUUCUUUUUUCUUCUCUCUUUUUUCUUCUCUCUUUUUUCUUCUCUCUUUUGUCUUCUCUCUUUUUUCUUCUCUCUUUUUUCUUCUCUAUAUUCUUCUUUCUUUUUUCUUCUCUCUUUUUUCUUCUCUCUUUUUUCUUCUCUCUUUUUUCAUCUCUCUUUUUUCUCUCUUUUGUCUUUUCUCUUUUUUCUUCUCUCUUUUUUCUUCUCUUUUCUUCUCUCUUUUUUUCAUCUCUUUUUUCUCUUUUUCUUCUCUCUUUUUCUUCUCUCUUUUUUUCUCUCUUUUUUCUUCUCUAUUCUUCUUUCUUUUUUUUUCUUCUCUCUUAUUCUUUUUUCUUUUUUUUUUUCUUCUCUUUUUGUCUUCUCUCUUUUGUCUUCUCUCUUUUUUUCUUCUUCUUUUUUCAUCUCUCUUUUUUCUUCUCUUUUUUCUUCUCUUUUUCUUUCUCUCUUUUUUUCAUCUUUUUCUCUUUUUUUUUCUCUCUUUUUUUCUCUCUUUUCUUCUCUCUUUUUCAUCUCUCUUUUUUUCUUUUUCUUUUGUCUUCUCUCUUUUGUCUUCUCUUUUUGUCUUCUCUCUUUUUUUCUCUCUUUUUCAUCUCUUUUUUCUCUCUUUUUCUUCUCUCUUUUUUCUUCUCUCUUUUUUCUCUUUUUCUUCUCUCUUUUUGUCUUCUCUCUUUUUCUCUCUUUUUCAUCUCUUUUUUUCUCUUUUUUCUUCUCUCUUUUUUCUUCUCUCUUUUGUCUUCUCUCUUUUUUCUUCUCUCUUUUUUCAUCUCUCUUUUUUCUCUCUUUUUUCUUCUCUCUUUUGUCUUCUCUCUUUUUUCUUCUCUCUUUUUUCAUCUCUCUUUUUUCUCUCUUUUUUCUUCUCUCUUUUGUCUUCUCUCUUUUUUCUUCUCUCUUUUUUCUUCUCUCUUUUUUCUUCUCUCUUUUUUCUUCUCUAUAUUCUUUUCUCUUUUUUCUUCUCUCUUUUUUCUUCUCUCUUUUGUCUUCUCUCUUUUGUCUUCUCUCUUUUUUCUUCUCUCUUUUUUCAUCUCUCUUUUUUCUCUCUUUUUUCUUCUCUCUUUUUUCUUCUCUUUUUUUCUCUCUUUUUCAUCUCUUUUUUCAUCUCUUUUUUUCUCUUUUGUCUUCUCUCUUUUUUCUUCUCUCUUUUUUCUUCUCUCUUUUUUCUCUCUUUUUUCUUCUCUCUUUUUUCUUCUCUCUUUUUCUUCUCUCUAUUUUUCUUCACUUUUUUUUUCUUCUUUUUCAAAGAAAAAUCAACCAACCCAAUUUUAAAUUUUCCCAUCGUGUCUUUCUUUCCUUUCCCUCUUUCUCUUUCCUUCUUUUCUCUCUUCCCUCUCUCAUCCCCUCUCUGUGUCUGUGCUCCAUAUAUUUUCUUGGUUUUGGGCUUCUUUCUUUCUUCCUUUCUUUUCUUUCUUCCAACUUCUCUCUAUAG